AUGGUCUUUGGAGGCUACAACUCAGCAGGAUCGUCAGAGCUUCCGCUCUCAACAGCGGGCAGUAUCCCGUCCACUACAACCAUGCGAUCGAGAUCUGGUAGUUUCUCGUCCGUUCAUUCAAAUCACAACAACCAGGAUCAUCAACCUUCGCGUCUGAAUACCCAACAACAGCAGCAUAGUCUAUAUCAGAGCCCGUAUUCUUCACAGCCUAGUACGCCCGUAGGAUCUAGCGGCGACUACUUUAACACCAGCAGCAACUGCAACACUGGUGCGUAUAGAUCAAACGGCUAUGAUACUUAUGGCCCAGCUUCUGCGUCCCAGCAACAAUACCAGCACCAUCCUUUGCCUAUGUAUAACCGAGGAGUCUCUGGGAAUAGUGGUUAUGACGAUGACGGAGGCCAUAGCAGCGGAGUGCUGCAUACCAGCAGCAAGACGGAAACUACAGCAAGCAACAACAGCAGCAGCAAGAACAAGUACGACCAUCGUAGCCAUAGCAGAUCUCGUAGCAAUGCCUCCGAGACCUCCCUCAGCAUCGACACGGACCUCGCUGGACACUAUGAACCCGAUCCGGUCUCACGCUCCAGCGCCAAUUCCUCUCGUCGGGGAAGUAUAUCGGAGGCGAGUGGUCUCGUCAGCAGUAUCAGCGGAGGUGGCGGAUUCUUUUCUCGCCGAAAGGUUGCUUCCUACCGUCCAGCAGUGACUGACGUGACAAGUCCAAACGGAGAUGAUGACCUAGGUAUGGACCUGGACAGUAGGAGUCCACAUAGGCUGCGGCAAAAGAGGACAGGCAGGCGAUCUAGCAGCAUGGGUGCAGAGUUCCUAGUGCAGAAUCGCAUGGGUCGAGUGAGCGACAUUCUGAACGACUGGGACCUGCUUCUACCGAGUGGAGGUCCAUAUGGGAACGAUGAGGCGGACGACGAGGAUAUGACGGAGAAUGAGCGGUGGAAGAAGCAGCAGCUGUCAAGGCGCGGAUGGGAGAGCACCAGAGGCCAGGGAAUCAUUCUCGGAUCCUUGACCAUACUCGCAGUCCUUGUCAAGAUCUGGAAACUGGCUGUCCCAUCAGCUGUUGUGUAUGUCUUUGAAGAACAGGAAUAG